AUGGUCUCUUGCGUGGGCUCUGAACGGAAAAAUGCGAUGCUUCAAGCAGUCACUUUGGCUCUUGAUUGCCAAAGAGCAGGCUAUCACACGGCGGAAAUAAUCCAACGGGUACUGCACACUGUUCUACAUGCCGAGGGAAAUGAUAUGGAGUUGGAACAUCGGGAGCCGGACGGGAUUAUUCUCGUUAACCGUGUCAUUGAAUGUGACCACAUGAAUGAACACAUUCACACUAGCGUUCAGCCAUUUGGUGCAGCAAACCCGCCUCCAUUCCCUCUGCAAUUCAAAGCUCCUGGCAUACUCGACUCUCUUCGAUUUGUCGAGGUGGAUGUAGCAAGCCAGCCUUUGCAGCCCCAUCAGGUUGAGAUUGAGAUGAAAGCAGUUGGCGUGAAUUUCAUGGGCCUGUUGACAGCACUUGAAGAAUAA